AUGCGCUGUCUGAGUCUCGCCCAUCAUGCGACCGCCCUGAAGCAAGCCUUACAAGGCUUGCAGCGGCCUACAAGAUGCCAGACCAACUUUAUCCAAUACGCUUCGUACCAUACGCGCGCCUUCCACUCGACUCGAUAUGUCUUCGACAAGGCCGCAAUACCUGGUACUCUGUCUGCUUCGACUCAGCUUCGACCAUAUCAGGAAGAGACCAUCAAAGCAGUACUUGACUAUCUGGCCAGAGGCGAGCGUCGACUAGGCGUCUCACUUGCAACUGGAGGAGGCAAAACAGUCAUUUUCAGCCAUCUCAUCGAUCGCGUGCCUGCGCCUACGCCUGAGGCCACGCAAACACUCAUCAUCGCCCAUCGACAGGAACUCGUCAACCAAGCAGCGACCCACUGCCGCAACCUCUAUCCUGAUCGCGAUGUCGACAUUGAAAUGGGCAAACGCGCAGCCAGUGGCUAUGCCGACAUCACCAUAGCGUCAAUUGCGAGCUUGGCCUCAGCAGAUCGAUUGUCAAAAUUCGACCCUUUGCGGUUCAAGCUGAUUAUAGUGGAUGAGGCUCAUCAUAUGGUGGCAUCAUCCUACUUGGGAAUGCUGGAUCACUUCGGACUGUUGGAGAAUGCCGAGCAGUCGCAUGUUGCGUUGGUGGGCGUGUCUGCGACACUAUCACGCAAUGAUGGUCUCAGUCUUGGCAAAGCACUCGACCACAUUGUCUACCACAAAGACUAUCUCGACAUGAUUGAGGGUGAUUGGUUGUCUGCGGCAGUGUUUACCACGGUACGAUCUGGGGUUGAUCUUAACAGCGUCAAGAUGGGCCGUGGCGACUUUCAGACUGGCAGUCUUUCGAAGGCUGUAAAUAAUCCAGAAGCGAAUACCGUAACAGUACGAGCCUGGCUGGAGAAGUGUCGUGACAGGAAGUCCACUCUUGUCUUCUGCGUAGAUCUUGCACAUGUCGCAGCACUCACUGGCAUGUUCCGACAGCACGGCGUCGAUGCACAAUUUAUCACUUCGAACACCAAAAGCGAGGAGCGGCAGAAGAAGAUCGAAGGGUUUAGGAAGGGCACUUUUCCAGUUCUGCUGAACUGUGGUAUUCUGACCGAAGGCACCGACAUCCCAAACAUUGACUGCAUUGUGCUUGCUCGACCUACUCGGUCACGAAAUCUGCUGGUUCAAAUGAUUGGGCGUGGUCUACGAAAGUUCCCGGGCAAGAUAAACUGCCACAUGAUCGAUAUGGUCAGUGCCCUGGAUACUGGUAUUGUGACUACGCCGACCUUAUUUGGGCUAGAUCCUGAUGAGCUGGUUGAUGAAGCGGACGCUGAUACAAUGAAAGAGAAGCGGGAUAGGCGCGAAAGCGAGCACAUACUUGAGCCUAUGGCGGACGAUCAUCCCAACGCUGUGCCCGAACUAUCUGGCAGCAUCACCUUCACUGACUACGAGGACAUCAACGACCUAAUCGAAGACACAUCUGGCGAACGUAAGGUCCGUGCCAUCUCUCCUUUUGCCUGGGUACAAGUAGAUGCUGGCCGCUAUGUGCUGUCAGCCAGUCAAGGCGACCUCACCAUUACUCAGACUGAUGGUGGUGAGUAUGAAGUGGUGUACAAGAAGCGCAUACCAGCUUCUGUGCAAGUAAAGUCACCAUUCAUGCGGCCUAGACGGAUCGCAAAAGCAGUGACCUUCGAGCAGGCCGUUCGUGCUGCCGAUACCGCUGUCAAAGAAGUGUUCGUGUUUGCGAUGGUUGCGAAGAAUGCGCAAUGGCGCUCUGCUCCGGCGUCAGACACUCAGGUCGCCUUCCUGAGCCGCUUCCGCGAUGAAGAUGACCAACUGACUGGAGGCUCAAUCAAAAAAGGCCAAGCGGCAGACUGGAUCACAAAGAUCAAGAAUGGUGCCAAAGGGCGCUUCAAUCGACUCGCAACAGCGAAGCGGAAAGUCGUCGAAAAGGAAGAGAAGAAACAGCAGUUCAUCGCGAAGCAAAGCACAUCAAGAGUUGCUGUAGGUCCAGUCGUGUGA